AUUUUUGCACCUGGCAUGGAAUUUAAACCUGGCAACAUUUCAUUGUUAUACGUCAAGUGACAAAUAGCGACAACAAGAAAUUGUAUUUAUUUUCUUGAAAGCUACGGAAAACUAUAUUUAAGCAAUAAAUAAGUACUUUCUUGAACAAUGUCUGUGCCACCGCAAGCGUUUGUUAAUAAAAACAAGAAGCAUUUUCUCGGAAUCCCAGCACCUUUAGGUUAUGUUGCUGGUGUUGGGAGAGGAGCGACUGGUUUCACUACUCGAUCUGAUAUCGGUCCCGCUCGAGAUGCUAACGACGUAUCUGACGACCGACAUGCACCACCUGCCGCGAAACGCAAGAAAAACGAGGAAGAAGAUGAUGAUGAAGACUUGAAUGAUUCUAACUAUGAUGAGUUCUCGGGGUACAGUGGAUCUCUGUUCUCAAAGGAUCCAUAUGACAAAGAUGAUGCAGAGGCUGAUGCGAUUUAUGAGUCAAUUGACAAGAGAAUGGAUGAGAAACGAAAAGAAUAUAGAGAAAAACGACUCAAAGAAGACUUGGAAAGAUAUCGUCAGGAACGACCAAAAAUACAGCAGCAGUUUUCUGACCUGAAGCGAGAAUUGAAAACUGUAUCGGAAGACGAAUGGUCAGCAAUUCCUGAAGUAGGUGAUGCGCGUAACAGAAAACAACGUAACCCUCGCGCUGAGAAGUUUACCCCAUUGCCAGAUAGUGUACUGUCCAGGAAUUUGGGAGGAGAGUCCACUUCGUCCAUUGACCCUAAUUCAGGCUUGGCUUCUAUGAUGCCUGGAGUUAUGACUCCGGGGAUGUUGACUCCAUCUGGUGAUCUGGACUUGCGAAAGAUCGGUCAAGCGAGAAACACCCUCAUGACAGUCAAACUAUCCCAGGUUUCUGACUCAGUCACCGGUCAAACUGUCGUCGAUCCCAAAGGUUACCUCACGGAUCUCCAGUCGAUGAUACCCACGUACGGAGGGGACAUUAAUGAUAUAAAGAAAGCCAGGUUGCUGCUAAAGUCCGUGCGUGAGACAAAUCCGAACCACCCGCCUGCUUGGAUUGCUAGUGCUCGAUUAGAAGAAGUUACUGGAAAAGUGCAAUCAGCCCGUAACCUCAUUAUGAAGGGCUGUGAAGUGAACCCAAGUAGUGAAGAGCUUUGGCUGGAAGCAGCCAGGUUACAGCCCAGGGACACUGCUCGCGCCGUCAUAGCACAUGCUGCCAGGAAUCUACCGCAUAGUGUGAGGAUCUGGGUGAAGGCUGCAGAUUUAGAACAAGAACCUAAGGCAAAACGGCGAGUCUACCGCAAGGCUUUAGAGCACAUCCCCAACUCAGUCCGUCUCUGGAAGGCCGCAGUCGAACUAGAGAACCCGGAAGACGCCCGCAUUCUCCUCUCUCGUGCCGUGGAAUGCUGCCCUACUAGCGUAGAGCUGUGGCUAGCUUUAGCAAGGCUCGAGACUUAUGAAAACGCGAGGAAAGUCUUGAAUAAGGCUAGAGAGAAUAUUCCGACGGAUAGGCAGAUUUGGGUGACUGCUGCUAAGCUUGAAGAAGCUCAUGGCAACACCCACAUGGUAGAAAAGAUCAUAGACCGAGCCAUCACAUCGCUAAGUUCUAACGGGGUGGAGAUCAACCGCGAGCACUGGUUCAAAGAGGCUAUGGAGGCAGAAAAAUCCGGCGCCGUUCAUACUUGUCAGGCUAUCAUCAGAUCUGUUAUUGGACAAGGUAUUGAACAAGAGGACCAGAAACACACUUGGAUGGAAGACGCCGAAGCAUGUGCAAAUGAAGGCGCAUACGAAUGCGCCCGCGCAGUCUACGGCUACGCGCUCUCAGUGUUCCCUUCAAAGAAGUCCAUCUGGUUACGCGCCGCGUACUUAGAGAAACAACACGGAACCCGCGCAAGUCUGGAAGCAUUGCUGCAAAGAGCUGUGGCCCAUUGUCCCAAGUCUGAGGUGCUUUGGUUGAUGGGAGCAAAAUCCAAAUGGCUGGCUGGUGAUGUCCCAGCAGCCCGUGGUAUUCUGUCGCUAGCUUUCCAAGCCAACCCGAACUCUGAAGAAAUUUGGCUUGCUGCUGUGAAACUUGAGAGCGAGAACAAAGAAUACGAUAGAGCGAGACGGCUGCUGGCUAAAGCGCGAGCAUCGGCACCGACACCUAGAGUAAUGAUAAAGUCCGCCAAACUGGAAUGGGCGCUCAACAAUCUAGAAGUUGCCUUGAAACUACUGGAGGAAGCAAUCAAAGUGUUCGGCGACUACGCGAAGCUGCACAUGAUGAAAGGGCAGAUAGAGGAGCAGAUGGGCAAGGAUGAGGACGCGCAUAACACUUAUACGCAAGGGUUGAAAAAAUGCGCGACCAGCGUUCCCAUGUGGAUAUUACUGUCGCGGCUGGAGGAGAAAUUAAAGCACAUCACAAAAGCCAGAUCAGUUCUGGAGAAGGCUAGACUUAGGAAUCCAAAGAAUGCUGAGCUAUGGUUAGAAAGCGUGCGCCUAGAAAGGCGGAACGGCAGCGCGGAGAUAGCGAACGCCGUGAUGGCCAAAGCCCUGCAGGAGUGUCCGGCCGCGGGCCGCCUGUGGGCCGACGCCAUCUUCAUGGAGUCGCGGCCGCAGAGGAAGACCAAGAGCGUGGACGCCCUUAAAAAAUGCGAGCACGAUGCCCACGUAUUGCUGGCUGUUUCGCAACUCUUCUGGACUGAGAGGAAGCUGAAUAAGUGCAGGGAGUGGUUCAAUCGCACGGUAAAGAUCGACGCCGACUUCGGUGACGCCUGGGCAUACUUCUACAAGUUCGAAUUACUCCACGGCAACGAACAACAGCAAGAGGAAGUGAAAACUCGCUGUAAAACGGCCGAGCCCCGCCACGGCGAGCACUGGUGCAAGCACGCGAAAGAUAUUCAGAACUGGUGCUUUAGCACUGAACAGAUUUUAUUAUUAGUGGCUAAGAACUUGCCCGUGCCUACGUGAAGUGUGCAUUUGAUUGUUUAUUUGGUAAGUAUAUUGUAUAUUGGUUGUUAGACAGCAGAACCACACUUUGACGCCCACUGGUGUAUCGGUACAAAAGACAUUCAAAACUGGGGGCCUACCGCGAAAACCGGAAAUCGCCAAUUGCAGGGAUCUUUCUCUUUUACUCUCACUAAGACGUAAUUAGAGUGACAGAGGAAAACGCCCGCAAUUGACGAACUUCGAUUUUCGCAGUUAUAGCCCUGGUGCUCCCUAUGCACUCGUAUUAAUGUUAAUGGUUCAACCCAGGUGCCUACGUGAAAUGUCAUUGCAACAUCUACAUGGUUUUGACCUUAACUGUAGAUUGGCUAAAAAAAACAGAUAAUGCACGGUUCCGUGGUUGACUGUUGUUUGGAGUGUGACAUCUAGGAGUAGUGUGAAAACAAGUUUUACUUCGUCAUUGAAAAUUGUCGUUGUCUUAGAAAAUUGUUAUAGUAUAAAAAUAUUUAUACUGAAGUGUAUAUCACAAUAUUCCCAUUUAAUGACGAGUCUCCGUCUGACGCUGACAAACAAAUGUGUUACAUUACAAUUGAAAAGAAAUGAGUGAAAACCUUAAUUAAUUUGGAAAUUAGUGUUAUUUCAAAAUUUAACAAUAGUACAAAGUUUUUAGUCCCGGUUUUUUUCGUGUCAGGUCAGGGGGCAGAUUUUUUCGCGCGCUCGAUGUCGUCACUCCGAAAUCUGUGGAAAACGGUGAAUUGCUAUUUUUGAAAUACGAGCGAUACAAAUUGGGAAUCUAGUCGAGUAGUCGUAUUAGCCACUCGGUUUCAAUUCUCUUUGUAUAUUUAUGUAUUUGAAUGUCUACUAGAGGAGAUAAUAUUAAACUAACUACACGAAAUCGAGCGCUAGAAAAUCAGAAUUCGGGCCCGGUCUUAUAAUAUUUGUGAAGUCGUGUAAAGAGCAUUGUAAAUAAGUGAGAACGUUCUUGACGUUGGUAUUAGGACGGCACGGGUUGUCGUUAGAAGUCAAUUUAGACUAAUUAAAUUUAAUGUUAAGUUAGACUUAAUCGUAAUAUAAUGUUAGUUUGAA